UCCACCCAUUUGUAAUCACUGCCCAUCUCUCUGCCUGUCCAUCUAUCUGUCCGCCUCCAGAUCAACUACUACUUCAUCAACAACCAGGACCACGACAACCAAGAAAUUUUCCUUUGUGAACAACUUGAUCGAGAACCGAAUUGUUUAAGAUGGAAGACGUUCGAGAAACAAGUCCUGCUAAAACAACUAGAGGAGGAAGAGAGAACCAGGAACCAUCUAGCAGACAAAGAAUUCCUCUCUAUUCAGGUCCAUCCAACAUCUGGCACCAAGGAAGGUGUCCCUUACAGAUCGUCUGUUGCAUCAGCUUCACGAGGAUCAUCGCUAUCCUGCUGUGGGUGGCCAUGCCCUUCCAGUGGCAGUGGCUGUACCAGACAGAGGAAGGAGCCAUUAGCCAAGAAACGCAGGAAGCUUCCAGAACUUGGAAAGAGCAGGGAACGGAUUCUCCCCUACAUUCUGCCAACCUCUCGAUUUCAGACUUCUGCCUCCAGAACUAUGAGAUAAUAAAUAGAUAUUACUUGUUACAUCAGCAGUCAGUAAUUCACAGAGUUUACGGGCACAAGCUUUGGAGUCCAGCUGCCUGGGUUCAAAUCCCAGCUCUUACCAGCUAG